CACGCUCGGAUAAGAAAUAUCAGGACAAUGGCAGAAGAAAAGACACCAAUCCCUAAAGAUUUAAAGCGCAAGUUAGAGGAAGCUGCCUCAGGUGGUGAUGUUGCAAAGUUGAAAGAUCUAAUAAAUAAGAAAAACAAUGAAUGGAAAGAGAUUCCUCUUAAUAUUGCAAUAACAGGCGAAUCUGGUGUUGGAAAGUCAAGCUUCAUCAAUGCGAUCCGUGGUAUAUCUGCAGACGAUGAUGGCGGAGCCUAUGUCGACGUUGUUGAAGCAACUACAGAAAUAAAACCAUACAAACAUCCUAAGAAUAAAAGUCUGCUCCUCUGGGACCUCCCUGGAGUUGGAACACCAAGAUUUCCCAGGAGCUCCUAUCUGAAACGAGUGAAUUUUGAGAAGUACGACUUCUUCCUUAUCCUGUCGGCAGGUAGAUUUAGAGAAGAUGAUCUGUGGUUGGCUAAAGAAAUCCAGAGCCUUAAAAAGAAUUUUCAUUUUGUACGCACGCAAAUGGAUGUUGAGAUGGAAAAAGAUAAGAAAGGGCAUCCAAAAACGCAUUCAAAAAGAAAGGUCAUCGAAAAGGUUAGAAUCGAUUGCACAAAAAACCUCAAAGAGCAUGGUCUCACUAAUUCCUCUGUAUAUCUGAUCGACAACUACUCUCCUUUGGACUUUGAUUUUGAUGCAUUAACUAGAGCACUGAUCGAAAAAGCACCAGGACAUAAGAGGGAAGCAAUGAUACUUUCAAUGUCUGUCCUUACAGAUGGGGUUAUCGAACGAAAAGUGGAAACUCUCAAAAAGAGAAUUUAUCUGGUUUCUAUUCUCUCAGCGGUUGGUGGUGCAAUACCAAUACCUGGAUUUCAGGCUGUUGUUGAUUUGGCCCUUCUCAAAAAAGAGGUGGCUUUCUAUCAAAGUCAGCUUGGGCUUGACGCUGAGACAAUUGAAAAACACGCAAGAAUUCUAAACACGGAGUCUAGGCAGUUACAAAAAAAAUUAGGCCUACGAAGUUUUAGUCUGGCAGCGACAGCUGAAGGUAUUGCAAAAUCCGUUUCAGUUGAAGCAGUUUCUAGACUUCUUGGAAGAGCACUGCCCGUGGCAUUCCCGGUUGUAGGUAGUUUGGCAUCCGCGGGGUUAUCAUAUGUAGUUUCUAUUACAAGUCUUGAAUAUUUUCUUAGUAUUUUGUCAGAGGAUGCCAGAAAAAUAAAUUCGGCUCUGCUGAAGAAAUACUUGCAAUCCCGUUUAUAGGCAGUAUUGUAUAUGCUUGGCUGGCUGUCAUAUGGAGUAUCCGUUUCGAGUCUUAAUUAUUUCCUUGGUAUUUUGUCAGAGGAUGUCAGAAAAAAACAACGCAGAAUUGCUAAAAAACUGCAGUAAACAUAAUACUAGGUGAACAAAUUCAUUUAGUUUCGAACCUGAAGAAAUAUUCGAUUUCGGUUUUUAUUAAGAAAGGAACAAAUUAUUCCCUUGUUGACUAAUCGACAUUAAACAAAAGUAUUUUUGUGCAAAAAAUUCAAUUACAUACGAUUCAAAGCAACACUUCAAAGUGUAACCUAUAAAGAAAAAUGAAUCCAUGGAAUAUGAUAAAGGAACUUUCUAGGAAUAUGUUGAAGCAGACUAAAUUGAGACCGAUUUUUGUGCUAAAUUUCGCGUUUUCAAAUCAAAAAUGGAAGCAAACGUUGAGAGUUUAUAUACGCCAGGAAAACUUAUCAAAUUGUGUUUUAUGAAACACUAAAAAAAACCUUGUUCUUGUUGUUUUUAUUGUUCUUCACGUUUUUGUUGUAAUCGAGCACGAUUUACAAAUCUUAAUUAAUUUGCAGAUGAGCUUUACAUGUACGUUGUUUUUCAAAUAAUCGACUGACUUUGCAAAACUAUAAGGCCUUAGCUUAUGAUAUAAAGCUUUACUUGUUCACGAUAUUUCAUAUGUUAUCAUACAUGUAUGAAAUAUAAGCGCUACAAUGAAGUACGGAUUUAACGAAGCAACAGUUUUAGGAGCAAAAUAAGUCUUAUGUUGCAUUAUUAUAUUAUUUUUUUUCUAAAUCUGUAUAAAUCAGGUAGUAUCUACACUCAUUGUUUAAGGUAAUAUUCCUGUAAUAGUAACGUUUAAAAAAAAUGUAUUAACCUAAAACGUUUUAAAGUUGACAUUGUUUUACACUGUGUUGCAAUUUUUGAACAACUUAUCGUGUCUUUUUUUCAAAAUUUUGUACAAUUUAUGAUAUUUCCUCAAGCUCAAAUAGGGACAAAUUUGAAUCACUGUACAUAAAGAUCACAGAGCUUU